AGAGCAUCAGAGGCCUGCCGGGCUCCGCGGUGUGCAGAGACCCUGAGAUCUUGGGCCGCCACAUCCGGAUCCCGGCGGGCGGUGGUGCAUGGAGCCCGGCGGCCUAGCUCCGCUUGGUCUUGAGAGUCGGGCAGCAUCGAGGACAGUCUUUGUAACGGCCAGGCAUGAAGAUGGCUGUGUUGGACCUUGGGUCUUUCUUUGCCAAAAUCUUCAAGACCUCGACGGCGCCCCCCGCCGUGCCCUCGCCGGUCGCCUCCACCGGGCACUCCGGGGGCGCUGCCGCCGCGGGGUCUGCUGGCUCCGCCUCUGGGACCUCGCUGGGCGCCGUCCAGACGCCGACCCUCUUCCCGGCCCUCGUUCCAGACGCCCCAGCGGUGUCGCGGGGGGCGCCGGCCCAGCUGCACGCUCCGCUGUCAGUAUCCUAUCCCAGGGUGUUGACUGCGAGCCGCGCGACAGAGGCGGUAGGAACCCCCUUGUCAUUGCCCGGUAGCCCCAGAGCGGCCAAAGUCCAGCCCCUGCCCUUACCCGUGCCCCCCACUCCCUCCGGCGGCGGCUGCGGCGUCGCAAGCUCCGCCACCCACCUCGCAGCCCCAGCGCGGCCGCUCUCGGGCCCCGGAGGGGUCUGGACCGCGCUGCCAUCGGUCGCGGGCGCAGGGAGCAGCAGCUGUGGGGUCGCGAGCCCAGGGCACUCUCGGCGGCCCCCGGCUCCCAGCGAUCGCCAGCCCAACAUCGGGAUGGCCCCUGGGCCCGGCCCCAAAACCCUGUUCUUCACCCUGCCGGACAUCGGCGAGGAGUGGGCCUCGGACGGCGACUCGGAGGACAGCUGCUCCUGCUCGGAGGACGGCCCAGAUGGAAGAGGACUGUCAGAAGGCGCUACAAAGCACAGUUUUCCUGCGAAAGGCAAAGAUCCUUUACCUUCGCAUUUUACAAGGAAUGUGCAGAAAGCCAUUGAUAAAUACACCUGCACGUCCCCCUUGUCACUGUCAUCCAGCGGAAGGCGCACGCCCACAGAGGCCCACAACCCCUGGUCUGGCUCUGCCACACACAGCUCAGCCACCGACUUGUCCACGGAGAGGAGCUCAGUGUGUUCUUGGAGAGAUGAUGAAUUUGACAAAGCAAAUGCACAGAAAGUGCAACAGUUAUUUUGGGAGGUCGAGGAGAUGCUGUUUGAAGGGAAAGUGACUCUUCAGACCCAGAACCUGCUGGCUGAAUGCAGCGAGUGGGCACAAAGGUCCCUCCAUCUGAGAGUAUUAGGAAGACAGCUCAUCUUGCCAACUGAUGAAGGGUUCCAACAUUUCCAGGGCAGCGUGCCCUGCUGGCCAGUCCACAAACCCUUGCCUGAUGUCUGUGAGCACAACAGCAACAUCAAAGAGUUGUACAUCUCGGGCUCUCAAAUCAUCCCUGUAGCACUCCCCGCCUCUGCCCCGCUGGGCCCUGAUGGCACAGAGAUUGAUGACCGAAGGGCAUGCUCAUCCCAGGAAGAAGAGGUUUAUGAUGUGGAUGGGAAGAUUGAAGAGUAUUUCGCUUUUGACAGAAAAGAAGAUGAUGAUGAAUGUCUUGAACAAAACCCAGCUCACCAUGGUCGGAAGCAACAUAAACACGGACUACCUCCCAUUUCUCCUCAUGACUGUAUCAAAGACGCUGUGGUGGCAGAAGUGUUUGAUCACGUAUGGACCAAUAUGAUAGAAAUAUUGGAAGAUAUGAUCAGGAAAAACUGGGAGACUACACUCACAGAAGGAAAAAAACCAAAAGAAAAGUCGAAAGUAGCUGGAAAUCGAUCUCCACAUACACUCACUGCCCGUGGUGGCACCGAUGUGUCGAGUGUUCCCCUAUCCAGAAGUUCCGACACUCGCAGCCUAACCCUGCCUUCCCAGCUUCCCCCGCCCCAGAUUCAUCGCUUCUCCAACAAUUUGUACAGUGAUUUGAAUGGUGUGAUGACAAUUCAAGCAAAACCACUUCAGCAAAGACCUGCUUAUUUGGCAGACAGAACCCAGAAUGAACAAGAGGACAAAGCAUCAGGUGUGGGGACCAGUGCUGUUUCCUCUUCACGGCAUCGGCCGGGACGCAUGGCAGAUACUCGUGGAUUACAGACUUCUGCAAAGAAACCACCAGUGCAUAGGAGGCUGCCUUCUCUUACUGCAGAUUCACAGAGAAUAAAAACCCCCAAUGUGUCCAGUGAUGGAGUCCUCAGGGGAACAAAGCUGCAGACGGGCAUAGACCAUGUGUCUGCUCCUCCAGUUCAGACCUCCCGGAACAGGUUACCUCCGAUAGGCUCAGAAACCAGGGAGCAGAGCACAGCGGUUCCUGGAUCCCGCCCUGUUUCUUACAGGGGACGGCACAUACACAGCCGCGUGUUAAGUGCGAUGCCUGACAGCAUGGAGAGAUCGCCCCUUCGAGAAAGAACGGUGACCCUGGAACAGCUUUCGAGGCCCAGCACCACUCAUACGUUCCGGCCAUUGGAUACGCCUCGAAAAGGUUCAUUGACACCGAUGGAAUUUGCCCGACACACAUGGACAGGUCAAAGUAUUUUGACAGGUUCACAGUAUCUGCCGAAAUCUUUUCAAAGGACAACUUUGACUUCAAGAAAGAGAUUCCAAGUGGCGUCCUGAUGUGACUUUCCCAGUCCUACAGCCCUGACUGGAGCAUGCAAAGGCUCAGCACUCCAUUCAUCAUGUGAACAAUGGAAGAACCAGUGUUAUGCUGUGUAUCUGUCUGACUGUCUGAGAAUGUGCAAGAAAUAUAAAUAAACCACUUUAACUUUGCAUUGUAGAGAAUAAAAGACUCACUGACCUUUU